ACAGGGGAGGGAAAGCGACGCGGGACAGCAGCCAGCUGGGUUUCUUUUGUCAUUUGGAUCCAGAUCCUCACAGCUUUAACCCGCUCUGCUUUCUUCAUAUUUAGUAUCAUAAAUUCGGAGAGGGAAAGUAGUGUGGAAGUUGCGUGGCUGUGCGUGCUGUGAAUCUCCAAUCAAUCUUCAACUUUUAUGUUCUUUUUUAUCUCUUCUUUUUUAUUUCAUUUUAUUUAUUUUUUAUUGAUGUGUGAACUUGGCUGAAAGAGGAGUGGAGGAGUUCUUUCUUCGGACUGUUUGGCAACUUGUCCAACAUGUCGUCGCUGUAUCAGAGAUUCGCGGGGAAGAUUAACACCAACGAGUCUUUCCCCAGCCCCCCCGAGGCGAACCAUCUCCUGGGGAAAAGCGGCGACGGGGAGAGGGCGGCGGAGAGCCAGAGAGCCCGGCUGCAGCCCCGCUACCAGCGAGGACACUGCGAGGACGAGGACGAGCUGGUGGGCAGUAACCCUCCGCAGAGGAACUGGAAGGGAAUAGCGAUCGCCCUCCUUGUCAUUCUGGUCAUCUGCUCACUGAUCGUCACCUCCGUCAUCCUGUUGACACCAGGUGAAGACGAUCGUCUGGCUCUGAAGGGCAAGGUGACGGUCGCUGACCUUUUCCGAAAAGACUUCAAGGUUCAUGACCCAAACGCCAAGUGGAUAAGUAAUAAUGAGCUACUGUACCGUAACCGAGAGGGUGAUGUUGUGAAACACAACGUUGACACUGAUGAGCAAACCAUCUURGUGCAUAACAAGAAAUUUGAAAUGUACAAAGCCAGCAAGUAUGAGGUGUCCCCUGACAUGAAGCACGUGCUGCUGGCCUACAACGUUGCACCGGUUUACCAGUAUUCCUAUACAGCAUUUUACAUCAUCUGCAGCCUGGAAACCCCGGAAACGUGGAACCUGAACCCUCCAGAGGUGCGGAAUGCUCAACUGCAGUAUGCGGGCUGGGGACCUCAGGAUCAACAACUGAUUUUUAUUUUUGAGAACAAUAUCUACUAUCGGUCUAAGGUGGAGAGCCGUUCAAUUCGUCUUGUGUCUACUGGCAAAGAAGGCGUCAUCUUCAACGGGCUCAGUGAUUGGCUGUAUGAAGAGGAGAUUUUCCACUCCCAUAUAGCCCACUGGUGGUCUCCUGAUGGUGCCAGGUUAGCUUACGCCACCAUCAACGACACCUUGGUGCCCAAAAUGGAGCUGCCGAUGUUUACAGGCUCACCCUACCCAAUGGGAAAGGAGUAUCCUUACCCUAAGGCUGGUGAAGAAAACCCAGUCAUCACUUUGUAUGUUGUGAACCUGAAUGGCCCUCUGCACACCAUCGAGAUGAGGAGACCUGAAGAUCCCAGGAUUGGAGAGUAUUAUGUGACGAUGGUGAAAUGGGCCACCACCACCAAACUGGCCAUUAACUGGCUGAACAGAGCRCAGAACAUCUCCAUGCUCACGCUGUGUGAGGCCACGACAGGCCUCUGCACCAAGAAACACGAAGAUGAAAGCGAAGGGUGGCUCUACAGACAGAACGAGGAACCUCUGUUUUCCAAAGAUGGACUCAAGCUUUUCUUCACUCGGGCCAUCCCUCAGGGAGGCCGGGGCAAGUUCUUUCACAUCUCCAUGUCUAUCUCUCAGCCCAACACCAGUACAGACACACUGCAGACCAUCACGUUUGGAGACUGGGACGUCACUCAGGUCCUGGCCUACAGUGAAGACAGUCAACUGAUCUACUUCUUAAGCACUGAAGAUGACCCAAAACGAAGACAUCUGUACAGUGCCGACACGUUUGGCUUUUUUAACCACCGCUGCCUGUCGUGCGCCUUGUCCGACAGCUGCGGCUACAUCAGCGGCUCCUUCAGCCACAACAUGAGCUACUUUCUGCUCAACUGCCAAGGGCCAGACAUUCCAUUUGUGGCUGUUUACAAAACUCAAAGAGAUGCAGAAAGUGAGACUCAAGACAGAGAAAGUAUUUCAGAAGUUUUUAAACUGGAGACCAAUGAGAACCUGAGGCUGACACUGGACUCCAUGCAGAUGCCCACAGUGGAGUACCAGGAGAUCAACAUGGAUGACUACAUUUUGUCUUUGCAGAUCCUAAAACCUGCAGGCUUUGUGGACACGUCACGCUACCCACUGCUCCUCCUCAUCGACGGGACACCUGGUGGCCAGAUGGUGUCAGAGCAGUUUGAAAUAGACUGGGCCACAGUCCUGGUGAGCAGCUUCGGURCCAUCGUGGUCCGUUGUGACGGGCGAGGCAGCGGCUUCCAAGGCACCAAUGUUCUGCACCGGAUCCAGAAAAGACUGGGCGAGGAUCUGGAUCAGAAGGAUGCUCUCAAUUUUAUUCUUAAAGAGCCUUAUGUGGACAAAACACGAGUUGGUGCUUUUGGACAGGUUUACGGAGGCUACGUGACCAGCUUGUUGCUCAGAGGUGAAGAGUCUCCUAUAAAAUGUGGCGCCAUCCUCUCACCCAUCACUGACUUUGAAUUAUACGCCUCUGCUUUUUCUGAGAGAUAYCUUGGGCUGCCUAAACCAGAUCCAACAGCAUACACGAAGGCAAAUUUAGCUUACAGAGCAUCUCGAUUUAUGGAUAAGAAAUUCCUUAUUAUCCACCCAACAGCGGAUGAAAAAGUUCAUUUUCAACAUACAGCAAAGUUCAUCUCCCAGCUCAUUAGUGAAAAGGCCAACUACACCUUACAGAUCUACCCAGAUGAAGGCCACUUUAUUCGCAGUGAAGCAACACGGCAGCACCUGAGUCAGUCCCUGGUGAACUUCUUCGAAGAGUGCUUCAGGCUACCAGAAAGAGUGUUUGARGAGGAUAUGGAAGAGGAGGUUGAAGACGAGGGUUAGGCUGUUCUCGUGAAGCCCGCGUGCCCUGCCCUGCAUCGUCCCCAUUUGUUUGGUCAUCGGCAAACCUUCCGUCGUGUAUCCGUGCUCGAGCACAACCAAGGUGUCCAUUUUGUGCAACCCCCUGCUCAUGUGCUUCAGUUUCKCUUGCCAUGUCCAACAACUGCCUUUCUGACAGACGAUGGAUCUGCCAUGACAUGURCCCUCAUCCUUAUACUCCGAGUUGGACUUCUAAAGGUCCUGAAGAGAGCCCACAAUGACUGGUGAUCUAACAUGAUGUUUUGGAACAAACGGACAGUCUCCUACACAGCAGGAUGGACCUGCUCUCUAAAAACAGUGGAGAGGAAGCGUCAGCUUUCACAGACAUCCCAGCUGUGAGGAGGAAAAGAACACAUUGUAGCACAUGACUUGUGGGCUUGUAAGAUAUAAAAAAAAAUCAGAACCCUGUUAAAAACACUUGGCAGUGUUCACUGGGGGGUCUGGAAGUGUGCAGAUGCAGGAAACGUUGCUAUUUUUAAAGUUGCGAUGAACUUUUCUUGUUGGACUGUGGCUGUGUCUGUUGUCCCAACAAUAUGUAAAAUAGCACACCGGUUUUCACCCAACUAUUACAGAAACAUUUUCUUUUAGAGAUAUUCUUUGCCUCAGUGCUGACUAUUUUUAAUCUUGUAAUUUCUUYGUGUGUUUCAGUGAUGCUGACAAGUUUUCUCUGAUUUAAAUCCAAACAACAGUUUAUCAUUAAUUCAAGACRUUUUUUUUAUGUUCUGCUACAAUCCAACAUUGUUUAAAAAAAUCAUGAGCAUUUUUAUGUUUCUUUUAUUCGCCGUGCCUUAAUUUGUUAGAUUACAUCCAGCUGCAUUUAUCAACUACAAAAUAGCAAACUUCCACUGGAAACUGAGAACACCCAAUUAUAAAAUCUCCGUUUAGUAGCCUUAUCUCAAGAUAGUAAGUUUAUCAUCUCACAGUUUAAAAGUACUUAGUUACUUGAUGCAGUGGCAAUAGUCGCUCUGUGGUAAAUUCUUUGGAGUUAAAAGAUAUAAAGAUGUUUUGUCAGGAUGCACAGAUGGCUUUUGAACAACURUAGUUUAAAACGGCUGCCUUCUGAAGGUAAAGUCAGCCUUUGAGAAGCAAAGUGCUGGAGGACAAAAGUCAGCCACAGAUAUUUGAUCAAUUAUUUGUUUUUACCAAAAAUCAUCAUUACCCUAAAGCUGAAAAUUGAUAAGUUCAAAUAAAAUUCAUUUUUGCAGAUCUUGUCAAGUCCAAGACAAAUGAAGCUGUUUUGUCAAAGGGGUUCAUUCUUGUAAAAAUUGGAUUAUUUCUCAAGACAACUUAACUACCCUUUGAUUGUUGGGAAAAAAAAAAGCUAUUUCAUACCAAGAUGAACUUUAAACUUUUGCUCUUAAGGUUGGCUUAGUAAUUUAGUCAAAAUAGUUUUUUUGGCUUUUAUAGAUAAUAAAGUGAUGAUAGCCAUUUUGUGAAACACGCCUAUUUAGUUUCUCAUCAACAACUAAAUGCAAAACAAAAACCUGACMUGUAGAUUGCUUAGCUUCAGGAAGCUGAUAACCUGGCUAGCUUUUUGACACUCAGAGCAUGUUUUUUUUUUAAAUCCAAACAAAAACAAGGCUAUGUACUUUUGUGUUAAGACGUAAAAUCCUGUUGAAGUACCAGCAUCCCGAAGGUGAUGGUAAAUGUUUUUAAACCCUUUUGACGUGGGCACAUKACCUGUUCAGCCCUUCUAGUUUUAUGCUAAUAUAUUUAAGAAGUGCAUUUAUUUGUUUACAAGAAAUCAUGUCUAUUUAUUGUAACAUCUUAGAAUUUUUAGUUUUUAUAUUUUAAAUGUGAUCACAAAUUACACAGGCAUUUUUUUUUUCAUUUAUUCAGAAACUAUUUGCAGUUUUGCAAAGUAACAAUUGCUAUUGCCAAGAACUGUUCAAAAAGACAAACAUAAAAGCCAAAAUGUAAGUGAUCUGUGCUGAAAGACUGAAAAAGAGGAAAUAUUAAUUUUAAAAAAGUGUGAUGUAACUACUCCCUAGUAUGAAAUGUAAUAAAUAAAUACAUAAAUGUGAGGUCAAACAAGAGGAACCAUUGGGUUUUCUGAAAAAUUAAGCAGAAAGAAAAAGUCACAAGUGAAUAAUUCAAAAGGCACAUUUAUUUUCUUUAUUUUCAAUUCACUUGACAAUCUAUGUUGCAUUUCAGUGCAUGUUCAGGCAUUCUUUGCUGCCCUUUCCCCUACAACUCAGCUCAACAUGGUUAUUUUUGACAUCUUGAAUGUUUCUUACUGGACUGCAUAAAAAAAAUAAGAUUUCCAGUAGUAAUGUGAUUGGAAUCACAGUCUCGUCAGCUUGUUGUGUAAAUGUUAUUCCAAUAUAAUUUUCUUCUCAAGAGACAAACCAAUGUUACCAGAGUGUUAUUUGUGCAUAACAUAUUUUGGAAGUUACAUUUGAUUGUUCAUUUUUGUUCUCCUGUUCUUGUUGUUGACUUACUUGAACGUGGACUUUAUAAAUGCCAAGAGAAACAACCCUUCUUUCUAAAGGUGGAAGACUUUUUUCCCCCCAAGAUGUAAUAUUUGUUAUCCAAAGCAUAAAAGGAGAAUAAUGGCAGAUUGUGGCAUGAAAGUACGUGUUAGAAUUAAAGAAGUAGAUAUUUUA